CAAUACGUCGAACUUUCCAGCGAUAUGAUAUGGCACAAAUGAUACAAAUAUACGAACUACAACUAAAGUGAAGUGUGAAGCUUCGCUGAUACCUCAGUGCUAAUUUAUUUUCUUUUGUUUGACAUAUAAUUAAUAUUCAAUCAAAAUGGCUGGUCCUCCACCACCUCCAGGCUCGUACCCGUACGGCUACCCGCCACCGCCCGGCUCGUUCGCCUACGUGCCGGCUCCCGUGAUGAUGCCUAUGUACCCGCCGCCCCCCAUGGAGCCUGUCCCGCCGCCGCCUCAGCCCACCUACGUCACCAAUUACAUCUACCAGCAACCACCACCAAACCCCGCCGUGCCAGAGACUGAGCCGGUAAAAUUUGUUGACUCUGCGGACUUGAUCGACUGGGUAUCAACGAACGCGAUAAAUGCUUCAACGCUGAGUCACAAAGCCUUUGUUGGCGGCAAAGAAGGAUGGGACGGAAGCCCGUUGUGGGUGAUCAGGGCCUAUCACAACGGUGAAUUCAUUCCAGGAAAACUGGCCAUCAAACAUAGAUCUGCUUACGUACCUCACGCAGGAAAAGAAGUGCCAGUUCACAACUUCGAGGUGCUCUGCGCUCCUGCACACUUGCUACGCUGGAUACCAGGAUCCCACGGUCAGGUUCCUGUAGGCGCUAUCCCGGCUGGCAACACUCAUACCGGCGAACCCCUAUACAUCGCCCGAGCUAGACAAGAUAAAUCGAUCACACCUGGCAAGGUGCAUCCUAGUCAUGGCUGUUGCUACAUUUCGUUCGGUGGUAAAGAAAUUGCGCACAAAAAUUACGAAGUUCUUUGUAAAAUCGAUCCCUAAACGCAUUCUUUUUCAAUGACAAUUGUUUAUCGGAGGUAGUUAUCAACUGAUAUUUUUAAAUCCAGUAAGUCCAUCAUACCGAUAGCGCGUAUCUACAAAAAGAUGUUUAUUAAAUUGUAAACCGGUACAUUAUCCUGAUAAUUGUAUACACCAUUUUAUAAACAUAAGAAUUGUAACUUGUUAUUUACAAAACCUAUCAAAUAAAAAUUCAAGAUCUAUGUAA